AUGUCUCAGUAUUUCGGUGCUCAUAAUAUUGCUUUUGUUUCGACCAACCAACUUCUCCGCCAUAGUUUAAAGGCAUCACCCCACGAAUCUGAGGCGUACAUUUAUCUCGACCCAUUAGUUAAUCUGACUUCUGUGGCCAGCGUACUCUGGGUAUUAGGACGAGCUUAUGGGGUCAUUAACCUGGUGUCGAAUGAAGAAGAAGAAGUUGCAAUUGGGAAGGCAGCAAGUUCGUUGACGAUCGUGACAAUUAUAUUGAACAUGAGUUCAAACAUUAUGAAGUUCUUCGAUUCACGUUAUAUGUGGUCUUUUACGCUGCCAUCAUAUAUCUUCCUUCAACUUUUGUUGGUUGUCUGCGAAAUGAUUAUUCUUGUGAUCUUUGCGAGCAGCACAACAAUAAGCCCAGCGCUUAGUUUCCUCGUUGACGUUGGUUAUAUUGCACUUAUGAUCGUUUUUAUGGAAACUACUUCCUAUGUAUUACAUCGAGUGAUUCGUACAAAGGAGUACGACGCGAUGAAGAAACGUUUCUAG